GCUCAAUGCGAAGUACCGGAUCGUAGGAGAGAGAGCGGAGGUGCUUCACUGCUUCACGGUUUGUAAGAGAAGACUGACUGAGAAAUCUCAACUCGCUUCGCCCUAUUUGAUUUGACUUGAAACUUUCAAAUUCGGCAAAUAAAAAUAAAAUUGGAAAAGGAAUUCGAAAUCCAAUUAUCAAUCACAAGCACUGCUGUCUUCCUUUUCUUUUAUUCCAACCAUUCUACUUUUCACAUUCCCUCUCUCUACAGUCCAACAAGAGAGAAAGAGACGACGCAGCUGCUCAACAACAAAACAAAUCUUCCAAUUCGAUUCUUUUCUCAGGUAGCAAUGUCAUCUCCUGCGCCGGGAGCCGCACCUCCUCCCACUUCUCCACCGUCAAACACUACUUCUCCGCCGCCGGCCGCUCCUGUUCUGCCUCCGCCUCCCCUCCCGGCGGCGUCCCCACCGCCAUCAUCUCCGCCGCCUCCACCAGCCGUCCCAUCCUCCCCUCCUCCAUCGUCAUCUCCUUCCCCGCCAACCACCGCCCCUCCUCCGUCUCCACCAUCUGGAUCGACUCCGUCUCCGCCGAGUGGUGGUUCUUCUCCACCCCCAGCGGCCGGAGGCUCUCCUCCGGCGCCUCCGAGCAGAGAUUCACCCCCGCCGCCUUCAGGUAGGGUCUCUCCUCCGGCGCCUUCAGGUAGGGUCUCUCCUCCGGCGCCUACAGGUAGGGGUUCUCCCUCGCCGCCGUCAGGUACGACGGGAUCGACGCCGCCCUCUGAUGAAGGAUCAUCGGGGAUAUCGACUGGGGUGGUGGUUGGAAUUGCUAUCGGAGGUGUGGCGAUACUAGUGAUUUUGAGUCUGCUGUUUGUAUGCUGCAAGAAGAAGAGGAGAAGACCACAAUCGGAAUUCUACGUGCCUCCACCCGCACCGCCUGGCCCUAAAGCUGACCCAUAUGGUGGGCCCGUAAACAGCUGGCAACAUAAUGUUCCGCAGCCUCCUAAUGAUGUUAUUAAACCUUCUCCAUCGCCUGCUGGUGCAUCUAGACCCCCAUACACCCCUUCACCUCAUCCUCCGCAUGCUCCUCCUUUCAUGAGCAGCAGUGGAGGAUAUAGUUCGAGUUCAGCCCCCGAAAGUGUACUCCCACCACCCUCACCUGGCAUGGCCUUAGGGUUUUCUAAGAGCACUUUCACAUAUGAAGAGCUGGCAAUGGCAACUGAUGGCUUCUCAAAUGCAAACCUUCUUGGGCAAGGUGGUUUUGGUUAUGUUCACAGAGGAGUCCUUCCAAAUGGCAAAGAGGUUGCGGUAAAGCAGCUAAAAGCUGGAAGCGGACAAGGGGAACGUGAAUUCCAUGCAGAGGUUGAGAUCAUUAGCAGAGUGCAUCACAAGCAUCUUGUUUCAUUGGUUGGAUACUGCAUGACUGGGACUCAGCGAAUGCUUGUUUAUGAGUUUGUCCCAAACAAUACACUGGAGUUUCAUCUUCAUGGGAAGGGAAGACCUGUAAUGAAUUGGUCCACAAGGAUGAAGAUUGCUCUAGGUGCUGCGAAAGGACUUGCAUAUUUGCAUGAAGAUUGUCAUCCAAAGAUUGUACAUAGGGACAUCAAGGCGUCUAAUAUUCUUUUGGACUAUAACUUUGAGGCAAAGGUUGCAGAUUUUGGUCUCGCAAAGUUCUUUUCUGAUACCAAUACUCAUGUCUCCACACGAGUGAUGGGAACUUUUGGGUAUCUUGCACCAGAGUAUGCUUCCUCUGGAAAACUUACCGAGAAGUCCGAUGUGUUCUCAUUUGGGGUCAUGCUUCUCGAGUUGAUUACUGGAAGGCGGCCUGUUAGCCAAGAUCAGUCUUUCAUGGAUGAUAGUUUGGUUGACUGGGCUAGGCCCUUGCUCACACGAGCUCUUGAGGAUGGAAACUUUGAUGUCCUAGUUGAUGAACGAAUACAAAAUGAUCACAAUCACAAUGAGAUGGCUCGUGUGGUGGCUUGUGCAGCUGCUUGUGUUGUAAGGGCCUUAGAAGGAGAUGUAUCGCUCUCCGAUCUCAAUGAAGGAAUAAGACCUGCCGGGCACAGCACAGAGAGCUCGGACUACGAUACUGCUCAAUACAAUGAAGACAUGAGAAAGUUCCGGAAAAUGGCACUCACAAGCCAAGAAUAUGGGAGCACUGGCCAGUAUAGCAACCCUACAAGCGAGUAUGGCUUAUAUCCAUCUGGUUCAAGUAGCGAAGGCCAGCAAACGAGAGAAAUGGAGAUGAGGAAGAUGAAGAAGGAGACGAGGGAUUCUGUUAACGGCAUAUGACGAACAAUGCGUGUAUAUUUUCGGUGUUUGUGUUGCUUGGAUCCUAUUGAUUCUUUGACAUGUUUGGCUUGAUUUCGUUGCAGGUACUGUAGUAUUGUCCUUUUAUUUUUUUCCGUUUUAUUUUUUUACUCUUUCUUUUCUAUUUUGGUUUUUAUUUUCUGUAUUGUUCCCAAAUGUAUUCACUGUAGCCUAAUCAAACAGUUUCUAAAGGCACACUUGUGUUCAUCAUUUGAUGCUUAGAUGGUUUACUGUUUAGAGCUGUCAGAGAGCUGAGGCAUGUGUAUAAUGUUUAAUACUUGAAUGGGUUUUAUUGAUUUCAUAAAUCGUUAUUUCCAGAUCUAUAUAUAAUUUAAAUCUUUAUUCUUUU